AUGGCGAGCCACAACACCUAUGAAAACAUGGAGGGCACCUUCGCGGAGACUGCAAUGGGCAAUGGCAUGGCUGCCAGCGGUCAGCAGGGAACAGGCCCAUGGAUGAACUCGGCUCCCAGCGCUCCCCAGCACCAACAGCCGCAUGCUUACGCCAACCCUGCUGCUUUGCGUGUGUAUGGGGACAACAACAACAACAGCAACAACUACAACAGCGGCUACAGCAGUAACAACUACUUCAACAACAACAACAACAACAACAACAACAACAAUCACGGCAACACCGCGUCUGGCACUCAGCCCUCACUGUUGAUGACACGCUCGCCUCCAGCAGAACUCAAGUCGUACAACGUCGCUGAGGGUGCCUAUGCUGGUGGGGGAGGCAGCGGCGCCAGCAAGGGCAGCGAUUAUGGGUGGAAGUUCAAGGCAUUCUUGGCCGUCCUUUUUGUUAUCGUCAUCGCGGUGGCUGUCGCCGUACCCGUGUCCAUGGCGAACAGCGGAUCCAGCGCGAGUGGCAGUCGGGGUGCUGGUGGCAGCUCGACAAACACCGGCGCGACAACGACGACGACAACGCAAGCGGCGACCGCGACAGUGAGUCCUGCGUCCUCAACAGGAACAGCCUCAACAGUCGCCCCCUCCACAACCACAACCACAACAACCACAUCCACGGCUACAACCACCACCACAACGACGGAUUGCACCGGAACACCAACAGCUACCCUGGACUGCGAUGACUUUGGCUCCCGGUUCCAGUUUCGGGCUGGGCUGUGCGCCGCGCUCGCUGUCAUCAACUGCUGUUGUGACGAGUUUUACGCCCUGGAGCGUGUCACGGGAUCAGUCACGGUGGACAGGGCAGAGACCUCGCUGCAGUUUGGUUCGGUGGCGUACGUCGGCGGGGACAUUGUGGGUCGCGGCACCUCCCUCGUGUCGGUUGACUUUGGUCAGCUCACAUAUGUUGGCGGCAAGCUGGAUCUGUACGCAAGCAGAAUCACCGCAGUCGACUUUGGCAACCUCACAUAUGUUGGCAACCUCGUGGACUUGUCCCGCAACCGGAUUACUUCCAUCAACUUUGGCCAGCUGGCCACGGUCGGCGACAGCAUCGACGUGAGGACCAACCCGCUCGUUGCCUUUGACCUCGGCGCACUGCACGACGUUGGUGGCAGUCUUCGGUGGCAAGAUGCGGUGUCGACUGACUUCGGCGUACAGGGUGGCGCUGUGGUGGAAAAUUUUGUGUUGCCCCAAGAUCACGCCAUCGAGCGACUCGACUUUGGCAGCGUGGUCAGCGUGAGUGGAGACUUGAACUUUGAUCAGAAUACAGCCCUCACCAGCAUUGACUUUGGCAGCAUCACCAGCGUGGGCGGCACCAUCACCAUGUAUGAAAAUGGCGCCCUCACCAGCACUGACCUUGGCAGCAUCGCCAGCGUGGACGGCGCCAUCGACGUCUCCUACAAUGACCUCCUCACCAGCAUUGACGUCAGCGGCAUCACCAGCGUGGGUCAACACAUCCUUUUCGACCAAAAUCGCCGCCUCACCAGCAUCAACCUCGGCGCCAGCGCGACCGGCACGACUGUUGGCCAGUACGUUGAGAUAACCUUCAACGGUGCUCUCACCAGCGUCGACCUUGGCAAUGUCACGUCCGUUGGCGAAUACAUUGAGUUCAGGUCAAACGGCCGUCUCACCAGCGUCAACUUGGGCAACCUCGCCACCGUCACCAGCAACAUUGACUUUCGGACCAACGGCUUCCUCCCCAGCAUCGAUUUGGGUAACGUCGCCAGCGUGGGCGGAACCAUUGACGUCACCGGUAACGGCCUCCUCACCAGCAUUGACUUUGGCAGCGUCACCAGCGUGGGCGGCAGCAUUGAGAUCUCCAACAACGACCGCCUCACCAGCGUUGAUUGCGCUGGCAUCGAGGACGUUGGCGGGCGCGUGUUCAUUGAUGGCAAUGACCUUCUCGCCUCCGCUGCCUUUGGCGCGAUCACCAGUGUGAGUGGGAAUUUGGAGGUGACCAACAACGCCGCCCUCACCAGUAUCGACUACGGUAGCAUCACAGCCGUGGGUGCGUCGCUCAGGGUCAGCGGUGCCGCGAACAUCGGCAGCAUCGAUUUCCGCAACAUCAGCACAGUUGGUGAAGGCAUCUCCAUCUUCGCCAACAAUCGCCUCAGCAGCGUCAGCUUCGGCAGCCUCACCAGCGUGGGUACGGGCGUGUUUUUCUCUCGCAACUAUGCCCUCACCAGCGUUGACUUGAGCAACGUUGCUGGCGUGAACACUGCCAUUGAGUUCAACGACAACCGCGCCCUCGCCAGCCUCACUCUUGGCAACAUCACCAGUGUUAGCAGUUACAUUCGACUGCAGGACAACUGGGCCCUCACCAGCGUCGACUUUGGCGGAAUCACAGCCGUGGGGUCGUUUGUGGCCCUCCAAAGCAACUUGGGCGUCACCAGCGUCGACUUUGGCAGCAUCACCAGCGUUGGCGAGUACAUCGUUUUCACCAACGGCAACGAUCUUACCAACAUCAACUUUGGCAGCCUCAGCACGGUACAGGGCUACAUCAGCUUCGACAACAACGGCGCCCUCACCAGCGUUGAUUUCGGCAACAUCGCCACUGUGGGUGACUACCUCAGCUUCGACGACAACGACGCCCUCACCAGCGUUGAUUUCGGCAGCAUCACCACCGUGUCGGGCGACGUCAGCUUCAUGCUUAAUGACGCUCUCCCCAGCAUCGACUUUGGUAACGUCGCCACCGUGGGCGGCUCCGUUUCCUUCGACCGACACAACUCGCUCGCCAGCGUUGACUUUGGCAGCAUCACCAGCGUGCCUGGCGACGUGGGCUUCACUGUCAACAUCGCCCUCACCACUGUCGACUUUGGCAGCGUUGCCACUGUGGGCGGGGACGUCAACUUCUUCUUCAACAAUGCCCUCACCAGUCUUGGCUUUGGCAACAUCAAGAUUGUGGGUGGCUCUGUUUCCUUUGACCGCCACAGCGCCCUCGCCAGCGUUGACUUUGGCGGCAUCACGAGCGUGGCUGGAGACAUCACCUUCACCUCCAAUGCCGCCCUCGCCAGCAUCAACUUUGGCAGCGUGGCCACUGUGGGCGGACGCAUCACCUUCCAGGACAACGCCGCCCUCACCAGCGUGGAUUGCGGCGGCCUUACUGCGGUCUGUGUCAACAACGCCGAUGGUAUCGCCCUCAUCAACUGCCCUGCAGAGUGCUGAUCGAUAGAUUACUUGGGCUUCUGCGAUUAGCGGUCCAUUUGCUUGUCUUGUGUGUUGUCAGUCUAGCUUCGGUCGAGCGGUCGUAAGCGUGUGUGUGUGUGUGUGUGUGUGUGUGGUUGCGUUCGCG